AUGGCGGAAUUUAUCACCAAUCUCCUAGAAAUGGGAGCUACCAAUUUCUAUAGAAAUUCGACAGGAGCUUUUGAACAGUUGAAGACAAUGGAACUCCAAAAAUGGAUUCGAAUUGUCGCAGUAGUUGGAGCAUACCUUCUCAUUCGACCAUAUUUCAUCAAUCUUGGCGCGAAGAAGCAGGAGCAGGAAUAUGCCAAAGCAAGGGCUCAACAUGCGGAAAAGAAGGAGAAAGAAAAGCACGUCGGUGCAAAUUCUUUCAGAGACUCGGUCAAGAUCCCUGAGGAUACUGAUAGCGAGGAGGAUGUGAAAGCCAAUUCGAAUGAUGUCAAAUGGGGUGGUAAAGCACGAAAGAAGCAAAGGCAGACAAUCAGAAAGAUUUUGGACCAGGAGGAGAAAUUGAGAAGACAACAACAAGAGGAUGAUGAGGAUAAGGAUAUUCAAGAAUUUUUGCAAUAA